UGCUGAUAGAAAGGAACCACAGGGAUCGUUACAGUAAUGGGCAAAAUUAAAACUGUGAGGUGGCCAUGGCUUGCCGGCAAAUUCUGCCUUGCCAGAGGUACUGUCGACUCCGUCCAUUCCUUUUGGUGCUGGUGCUGGCCGUCUAUCUUUUCUACCAGACCCUGACGCCAUUAAGGGCAAGAAGAUACCUCGCAGCCGUUGACAGCGGUGUUCUACCAACCCAGGAGGUGCAGCAGAGCUUAUACAAGGAGGUGCCUACGAGGCAGGUCUACUGUGUCCUUCCUUCUCGCAACUUACAACUACAGAGGGAGAUUGAAGAUUCCAUUUCUAAGUAUGUCAGAAGCCUGGCAAAAAAUGUGAUACUUUACAUCCCGUCUUCCAGCAAUAAACAAGACCUUCAGUUGUAUCAGCACAUCCUUGCACAGCACAGCUUUACAGUUACAGUCCUUGAAGACAGGAAAUUGAAUGGACAGAAAGAACUCCACCCAGGUGAAUUAAACCCCUGGGAUCUUAUGAUUUGCUUAUCCUCCAGCAAAGCUGACUAUGAAAAUUGCUUAGGUACACUAGACUCACAUCAAACAACACUAUUACAGAAGGCAAAUGUUCUCCCCCAAAUAGAAAAUCUCCUUUGCAGAAAAGAAAGGCUGUGCCAGAUAGUGAGAACAUAUCCAGAGUUGCAUCUUCCAGUUGCUCUUCCUGCCUGCCCAGAUAUAUUUCUGCCUCCAGACUCAAUUAUUGCACCUGGAUACCUUCAAGCUGGGAAAUCACAUGAUGACCAUGAAACAUUACGCCUUGCCCAAGGGUCAGAUCCGCCAACUGAGAAUAUGCAGAAACAUUCAACACUUGUUUCAGCUGAACAUAAGGAGUCCUUUAAAAUUCAAGACCUGUCUGUCAUCAUCAAAGCUUAUGUACUGGUCACAUCUUUAACACCUUUGCGAGCAUUCCUUCAUUCAACAGCGGUUGUCUGGUAUCCAUCCAAAAAGAAACACUUUUCAAUCAAGCUGCAGACCUUUUUUGAGAACUUCUUGAAAGCCAGCUCCCCACAGCAAGCCUUUGAUGACAUGAAAGAGGCAAUAAUCAAACUGUUACUGAUAGCUGAAGUUUUCAGUGAGGAGUCUGCAUCUGCACCAAAGGCCUUCACUCAAUGCAGUUUAUGCUUUCAGAUGCUAACCUUUGACAUUGGGUUCGGCUUCUCUAUGUAUCCUGUCAUUCUAGAGAUACAUGAACAUUUUGACUUUCAAGCUGAUGACGACACAGAUUACCAGGACCAAAUUGUUAAAGAAACUCUUCUUGAAGAUACUUUCAGAAUUCUCUUAUCAAAUAAAUCCUCCUACUCUACAUUCUUUGAGGCUUUAUGGAAUGUAUAUCAAUCAGCAGGGCUCAAGGACGAGUAUCACCUGAAGGAAUCUGAUCAGUGUCUCACUGUGGAAGAACUAAUUUCGUUGAGCAGUUUUGUAAAAGAGCUUCAAAAUCUAGGAGAAUAUGAACUGCUUUUCCCAUCUGCUGGCUCCAAGAUCACAUUUUUAAUGAAUGACUUUUAUCGCAUGGUGAAGCCAAGGAAAAAGCUUGCCUCAGUUCCUGCUAUACAUUGGCUUCUUUCAAACUUACUUGAACAGUUGCAAAUCAUUAAGAAAAGAAAACACACACACUUUGCAGGAUGGAAUUCUUAUUUAGGAAAGGGUAGCAUUAAAGGAGUUUCUUCCACACUUCCUGCAAAAAGUGAAGGUUUGCGUUUUUUAAAUCAGGAUAAGGACAUACACUGCAGUCAUGAUAAAGAUACACUACCUCACAUCAGGCAGAUCUUCACCAAUCCCCAUUUAGACCUAAAUCCAAAAUUUGAUCCAAAGAUCAAAGAGUACUACACUGAAGUACCGUUUGAUGUGGUAACAGUAAAGAUUAGAGCAGAACCAGUGAAUUGUCAGGGUGAAGUUCAUUUGGAUGAGAAGAAAGGACCCAGUACUGCAAAUUACCCUCUUGGACUAGGAAUAAACAGAGUCAAUAUUCUGGUAACAGGUGCAUCUAAUUCACUUCAUGAGGUUGUGAGCAUCUAUAAAAUCAUCAUUUAUCGAGAAGACCGUCCAAGUUUGCCACUGUUUGAUGACUUCAUGAUGUGUGGUUUUGUCCAGGAUUGUGGGUCACUGAUUCAUCCCGAGGAAUCCUGUGGGUUGCAACCUCUGUCUGCCGAAUACCUGUCAGCCAUUUCACAGCCACGGUUGAAAACAUGUGAAGCAGGGGACACACAAGGACAAUGGAUUGUCCCUUGUCUUAGUUGUUCCGACAACAGAACCUGUGACUGGAGGCAAAUAAUAUGGCAGCCUCACAAUUGUCAAUAUCCUUUCAUUAACAAACCAGAACUCCAGCAGUGUCUGGAAAGCAAAAAGGUUCUUUUCAUUGGUGAUUCAACUAAUAGAGGGAUGAUGUAUUACCUGAUGGAAAGAGUGAACAAGACCCUUCAAGAGUGGCAAAAAGCUCAUGACAUGAAGUUUUAUCAUAAUAUAAAUAACAGAAACACAUUUAUUAGUUACUCAUAUUAUCCCCAAUUUUGGAUCAGUGGAACCCAAAGACCGACAUUUGAAGAAGCACUAGAACAGUUGCUACUCAGAUCACAGCCCCUCGAGAAUACAGGGCAAACUGUAUUAGUUGUUGGUGGUGUCCAGUGGCUUAAUUUCAAUCACUUGGCUAUUAUUCAAAAGGUGCUCAAGCGAGCGAAUCUCUCAAAUAUCCUGGUAGUGAUAAAAUCUCUGGGAAUGGGCUUUCAUCUGCCAGUGGAUGGAGUGCAUUCUUUGUCACUGGCAGAAGUACAACAUUUGUGGAAUGAAAACCAGGCUAUUUUGAAGAUGGCAAAACAAUAUGGCUACGAAGUGGUUGACACUUUCAUUAUUACUAUGGGACGGUACAAGGAAUUUUUGCAAGGGAAGUGUGGAUGCCAUUUUCAUGAGGUGGUGAAAUCCAAAACAUCUGAAGGAAGCUCUCCUAUGACAAGGACAUUAUCAAGACCCUAUACGCUAGGCAAAUAUUUCAGCAACCAAAGCAAUUUGAUGCAACUGCAAGCCUACGCAUCAAAUUCUCAAUCCCCUUAUCACGUGAGAGGCCCAAUAAACCAAGUUUAUUCAGAAAUCCUUCUCAGCAGGAUCUGUGCAAAUGACAGGAAAGCUGUUGGAACGUAGCUUCAUUUGGCAGAAACGUAGACCUACAGACUGCCCACUUUCCCAUGUAGCAAUCCAAAGGCCAUACCAGAUUUAUUACAUACUUCUCUUAGUGGCUAAACAUACCAGCAUAACUCAAGACAUGUGGCAGUUUCCGCAAAGCCUUAUAAAAUCCAGAUGGGUCCCCAUGCUUCUGUGGUUUCAGAAUGAGAGACAGAGAAUCAAAA